AGUUAGACAAGAUGGCGGCCUUUCCCGCCUUUUUAGCUUUGUUCCUGUGCGUCUCUCUAGCGUCGGGCUACACUUUGUUACGAGAUGACGAGAAUGAAAUAAUAUGGCCGUCCGAAUACCACUUUAAGGGGGAAAAGCUUAACUUCAAAUCAUCCCUGAAAGAAAACUUUGAGAUGUGGUACAAUGGUGAGCUGAACCGCUCCAGGAUUGACUUCUACGAUGGAACUGUCAAGAAAUGGUACUACGGUGACACGGGCUAUGAAUAUGUGAAACACCCAUUCACCACUGAGGAAGUGACUAAUGAGGAAGUAUGCCUCGUUCGAUACUCGGAAGAUGAACAGAUUGACUUCCUGCCUGACGUCUCCAGCUUCACUUACACAGGUCAGACAAUGACCAUGUAUGAUAAGGUGGUGGAUGUGUGGACCAGCACAGAGCCAUAUGAUAACAAAGCCAUCCGGGAAUCCACGCUGUAUGUCUUCAAGACUGACGCCGGUGUCGACAUUCCAGUACAGCAUGUAACCAAGUCUUACAACUUGGAUCUUGGAGAAGUAAUUUCCCAUGUCAUCACCAACUUCUACGACUUCAGCGACACUGUUGAUGAAGAAGAGCUGACUGUUGAUGAUGAUGAAGAAUGUGAAGGUGUAUCCCUUGGCAAGAACUUCCACAAGGACCUUAAGUUCUUCCACCCUGACAUCCCUUCAGAACUGGACCAGGCUUUUGACUUGUACACCAACCACCAUGGCAAGCACUACCAAGAUACUGAACACCAGGUCAGGAAGACUAUCUUCGAAAGCAACUGGAGGAUGGUAGAAGAACACAACCGCAAAAACCUUGGCUUCAAACUAAAGCUGAACGAAUUCUCCGACAAAACUCCUGAGGAACUGAAGUAUCUGACUGGUACCUACCUCUCGACUCACCAGGACCCCGUUAUGAAGCCAUUCCCCCACAAUUUGGCUGAGAUUGAUGAACUGGCUGAAGACUUGCCAGAGACCUUCGAUCUGAGGAUGGAGGGCGCUGUCACUCCUGUAAAGAACCAGGGUCACUGUGGAUCCUGCUGGGCUUUCUGUACAACUGCUGCCGUCGAGGGAGCCGUCGCCAGGGCUAAUGGAGAGAGGCUGGUAGACCUCAGCGAACAGUCUCUGGUAGACUGUGCUUGGGGCUAUGACAACAUGGGCUGCAGCGGAGGUACCCUGGACGGUGCCAUGAAGUACGUGAUGACCCACGGUAUCCCAACCGAGGAGGAGUACGGUCUCUACGAAGCUAAUGACGGUUUGUGCCGCAUCCAGAACAUGACCAACCCCUACAAAAUCCGUGGCUUCGCGCAGGUCACACCCAGGAAUCCUAACGCUCUGAAGGUGGCACUCAACAAGUACGGACCUGUCACCGUUGCCAUCCACGCCAGCAGUCUCAUGCAGCACUAUGCCACUGGGCUCUUCUACGAUUUCUCUUGUGAUGACACCUACCCCAACCAUGGUGUUACCGUGAUUGGUUAUGGCACCCGUGAUGGUGAGGACUACUGGAUCGUGAAGAACUCUUGGGGAGAGGAUUGGGGUGAAGAUGGCUUCAUCCUGAUGUCUGCUAAGAACAACAACUGCUUCGUUCUUGACUCACCCUACUAUCCCAUCGUCUAAGUUAACAUUUUUAGAAUAAAUUCCACGU